AUGAUCGUUCUGUUGGUGAGCUAUGGCUCAAUGUCAGUGCUGUCCGCGGCUCUCAUUGCCUACAUGCGUCACAACCGCCAUGUCGCGCUCAAGGGAGAUACUGAAGCUUCGCGGAAAACGUUGUUGCCUGCUUUUGAGCCAUUGUUGUGGAUUUUGUGUAUUGCGACGGGUUCCUAUGCAAUGUACUUCAUGAUUGCGCUGAUCGCGAGAUUCUACGCUCCGAGUGCUGGUAGUGUUGCGACAGAGGCACAAAGCGCUGGACGCCAUUUCGUGAUGGAGUUGGCGUUGGUUUUCAUGCUGCAGAAGAGCGUCUCAAUGCCAGCUUUGACUCGAUCGAUUAUCAUCACGUCUUUUCUCGCGUGUUACGCGUUGCCCUUCGUGUGGUUCACUACGAUCAACGGCCAAAGUGAGAGCUCAACGUCCAACUACUGGAUUGUCGCCAUAGCUCGUCUGUUGAUCUCUCCGCUGUACAUUUACGUGAUCAUCCGUCCACCUGCUCGUGCCAGCAAGCGUACUCUGCGCGAGUAUUGUGCCUUUGGAAUCGUGUACCAGGUGCUUGAGCUGACUUACCACACUGCCUUCAAUAGUAGGAACGUGCACCUUGGCUUUGUAUUGAUUUACAUCCACGUGUUGUGGGGGUCUCUUUGUCCAUUAUUCGUGUGGCGUUUGCUGAAGGCUGAUACUGAGCACUGGCGUGGUCUCGGUCAGCGAGCAGUUGGGCUACAAGCACUAUUCCGCAAAGGCAAUAUCCAUGAGCGAGUGUCAUCGCAAGGUCUUCAUGUGCUGAUUGAGAUGCACCGGAAGUACAUCAUUGAUUUUUCCGUUCUCCACAUCAAGCAGCGCAUCGGUGUCGGCUCCACAGCUGUCGUUUACAAUGGACUUUUGCACUCGAAGACUCCAGUUGCGAUCAAAGUGUACACGCCCUCCAGUGUGACAGAAGACACUGUCGCUGAAUUCUCCCACGAAGCUGCUCUUUGUGGUGCAUUGAACCACCCAAACAUUGUCAAGUUCUUCGGGAUGUGUGUUUCACCCCCGACGAUCUGUUUGGUGUCCGAGUUGUGUGUGGGUAGUCUCGAUGUUGUUGCACUAGCGCUAGCGCGACGACAGCUACAACCUCGUCGUCAACAGUUUUUACUGAACCUCGGCUAUCUCAUUGAUGCUGCUAGGGCAUUGGCUUAUCUCCACAGCUUCUCUCCUGCCUUCGUGCACCGCGAUAUCAAGCCUAGCAACUUCCUCGUGGAUGUCGAAGGUAACGUCAAGCUCACCGACUUUGGCGAGUCCCGAAGUCUACCCAAAGCCAACAUCACGUGGGAGGUGAGUAGCCUCAACGAUACUAAGAGCACAGCCGUUGUUACCACCUCAGCAUCAGCAGGUACUACUGCUGCUACAAGCAGUGCGUCUAAUGAUGUAGAGCACUAUCAAGAGUACCCGGAGUCAACUCCAAACAUGGAUACCAGGGCACAUGGCGGUAGGGGGAUCCCAUUGACGCCACCUGGAACCCCACAAGCGGGCUCGAGGACAGUACCAAUGCUACCCCCUCCUUCGCGCAAAGCCACUCCAGAAAUGACUGUCAAAGGAACAGUCGACUACAUGGCACCAGAGAUCAUCAAUGGACGAGCAGGGGUUGCUUCAUAUGGUGAGUCUGCUGAUGUCUACUCGUUGGCGAUCACCAUGUGGGAUAUCCUCAAUCCAGGAGCUGAAAAGUACCCUGGCACGAACAACAAUCAUCUACGUGUGCUCGAAUCUGUCAUGGCUGGUGCCAGACCAGAGCUUGAUAAUCAGCUACACGCUGGUCUGGCAGAGCUUAUCACAAACUCUUGGCAUGUGGAUGCUCGCAUGCGUCCGUCAGCUCAAAAGAUCGUGGUUGCUCUUGAGCGGAUUCAAGAAGAGGUUUGCCCGGUCUUCGCACUUGAAAUGUGCGAGGAAAUGGAGCAUGACUCCACGCUGAUGAAGAGUGGCGGCACGGGGAGUAGCGCGAGGAGCUUCUCCGGGGAGCAAGCGGCUAGGAAGAUGCAGGACAUUGAAGCGGUGGCCUCGGUGGGCGAAGCCACCCGGCUUGGCAACAUGUUUAUGAACGCUGGCUUUAUGCACCACAUCAAGCACUCGCAACCUUUUAAGAGCAGCGAAGAUAUGUUCUACUUCGACGAGGACAAUAUCAACUUUUGUCAACCAUUCGUCGUUCUAGAAGGGCCUACAAGUACGUGCAGAAGCGGAGCUGGUAGCAACGCAACGCGCCGUCCGGGCUCGACACUAGGAGCUCCUUUGCCAUCGCAACUUGUGCAGUCUCCCGGUUGGUUCAAGAGCCUACAACGUCAGCAUCAACCUUCGGAUCCGACACCUCCACUGGCGACAACUUCAACUUUAAUUGCAGUGAAAGACUCCAAGAGCUCCGAGUGGGACGCCCACACCGCGUCAGACUCGCCACACAAUCAGAGUGAUAUUGCAUUUGUCGAAGCUGCUAGCAACGGAACGACAGAGGCGGAGGAAUGCGCCUGCAGGAAGCUCGGAGAACGGCCCAACAUUCGUAAACCAGCUAGUCAUCGCUUCCGUCGCAAGUACCGUGCGAUCCCAGAAGACAACAUUCUGACUGCCAAUUUGUUGCAAGAGGAGGACCUAUCGUCAACACAGGACCGCCAUCUUCUGGACGAGUUCGACGCAGGCCCAGCUACAAUCCUGCUGGGUACCCAAUAA